GUUUAAAUAUUAAAACGUUGAUUAAGAACAACGAUUAAAAUUCGUUUGAUGGUUCUCUCGCUCUCUUUCACUUUAUAUUUAUAGUUCGUCCGAACUGGAACUAAAAUUAACUCGGAAAAACGUUCCAAAAGCCGAAGACAAAAUUAAAUUAGUAAGUACAUCAAAAAACGAUGGGCGGACGUUUUCACGACCCGGUUUACACUACGAUUUGUAGUGAAAAAACGCUACAAUCAAAUGAUAAAGGAUUUUUCAUGCAAUUUGUUUAUAACACGCUUGAGAGUGUCGGUGAUGAUUGGAUUGAGAACGUUUUUGGAUCGUUAACCAACGAUAAUGAGAGGUUAAGAAUUUUAUACGAAUAUGAACCGGCUAAAAGUGUGAUUGUGUACACUUUAACGCACGUUCAAGAAAUUUAUCGCAAAAAGAGUGCUGAUGUUUCAAAGGCGAGGAGACACGAAGCUGAGAAAUAUUUUCGAAAUGGAGAUUUGGAAAAAUCUUUGAUGUUUUAUAGUCAAAGUGUUUUAAGAGCCCCAAAUACAGGUGAAAACAUUCACGUCGAUGAUGGUUUAUCAUUAACCCUAUCAUUAUGGGGUCGAUCAGAAGUUUUAAUGAGAUUGGGAGAAUAUUCUUUAGCAUUACGAGACAUUCAAACGGCUUUAAAAGAGAACAUAACCGAUAAAGCCGAAGCUUUCCGUCGAAUGGGAAUUUGUUACAAAGCCAUCAACGAAUUGAACCGGGCGAGAGUGUCAUUCAACAUAGCGGCUAAAUUGCUUCCAGAAAAUGAGCUCGAAAGUCUUCGAAACGAUAUUGAUAAAGAAUACAAAGAAAAUAAACACGAAAAUCGCAGAGUUAUGCCGUUUGUAACUAAAAAACAUCCCGAUUACCCGAAUGCGACGAAGAAAAUGUUGGUUAAAGAAGAAGAGGGUUUUGGGAGAUUCGUUGUUGCUAAAGAACAUAUUAAAACUGGAGAGGUUAUUGUUGUUGAGCCACCUCAUGCUUCUUGUUUACUCCCGGAAUGUUUUGGGACGAAUUGUCAUCAUUGUUUUGAGCGAUUAAUUUCUCCUGUUGGAUGUCCAGAAUGUUCGAAUGUUGCGUUUUGUAAACCCGAGUGUCGUGAUAUCGCUUUGUCGAGUUAUCAUCGUUUUGAAUGCAAAUUUAUUGAUUUGUUGAUCGGAUCCGGUAUGAGUAUUUUAGCCCAUACUUGUUUGAGGAUGAUAACUCAAAAUAGUUUAGAAAAAAACUUAAAAAUCCAUGAAAAUCGCAGCUUGGAGCAAGUUUAUUCGUUAUGUACAAAUUCAAGUUUGCGACCACCAAGAGAUUUUAUCCAAAGAACCAUAAUGGCAGCGUUUUUGUUGAGAAUUUUGCAAAAAAGUGGAUAUUUCGGACGCGAAGAUGAGGAUAAUUGUAUUCCGACGGAUGUUGAAUUUAAAAUCGGAGAGUUAAUUUUGUUUUGUUUACAAAUGUUGCAAUUUAAUGCGCACGAAAUUUAUGAAACUCGAAUCACUCCUCAGCACAGAUUAAGAGGAUCUCGAGCUUCUUAUAUUGGAGUUGCAAUUUAUCCUACGGUAGCUUUAUUUAAUCACGAUUGUUAUCCAGGAGUUACGAGAUAUUUCGUUGGAAAAAACAUCGUAAUAAACGCAGUGCGGCCAAUAUCACCGGGAGAAUUAAUAGCAGAAAAUUACGGCCCCGUUUUUACCCGCCGCCCUUUAUCUGAUAGACAAAAAUCUUUAUCUGGGAGAUAUUGGUUUACCUGCCAAUGCACCGCUUGCACUCAAGAUUGGCCAACAUACGAAAACGGGUUAGAAACGUAUCCGCGAAAAAUCCGCUGUCCAACUCAAAAAUGUUCCUACUUUUUUACAUUACCCGUUCAAAACGAAACGAUGAAGUGUCCCCGUUGCAAAAAGAAGGUGUCUUUAACCGAUAACAUCUUGCAAAUGAAAAUAUGCGAGGAACAACUCCAAGCGGCGUUCGAACUUGUUGAAACGCAAGAACCCGAAAAGGGAAUACCAUUGUUGAAUAAUGCGAUUGAAUUGUUUCAUAAAGUUUCGACUCCUCCGCAUAAAGAUGUUCAUAUUGGGCAAGAAGUUUUAAGAUCGUUUUUAGCCGAUUCUGGGAAUGUACAUGUUUGUUUAAAACCUUAUCCUGAUUCUGAAUAAAAUUUUUUUCUAAAUAA